GAGGGAUUCAAAGAUUUGCGCGCAGUAGAUUCGAGAAAGGUUUGGAGGAGGGUUUUCAAACUUUGUGGAUAUAGAAACACCUUGCAUUUUUUUCUCUGUGGAUGUAUUGAACGUGUCUCCUGUUAUCAAGGUGCGUAACACUACUGGGGGGGAAAUGUCCGACUUCCACAACCAGAGCCGAACCAGCGCGCGACGCAGCGACUACGUGUGGCAGUAUGAAUAUUACGACGACGACGAGCCUGUGUCCUUUGAGGGGCUGAAAGCGCACAAAUACUCCAUCGUCAUCGGCUUCUGGGUCGGACUUGCUGUGUUCGUCAUUUUCAUGUUCUUUGUCCUCACGCUGCUCACAAAGACGGGCGCGCCGCAUCAAGAAAAUCCAGACUCGGCUGAAAAGCGCCAUCGACCGGGAAGCUGCCUGGUCGACAUUGACGGUCAUCAAGACGAGAACGACAAAGCCUUUUCUCGCCCAUUGCUCGCAGGCCCCCGUUCAUAUUUUAAUUUCUACAUCAAUGAGGAAGAUCAAGCUCAGGCGAAGAAAAAUACCGAGGACGACAGGACUGAAAGGAGCACGGGGACACGACGCCAGCAGGGGAUCUACGACGGGACCGGGGGGAUCAAUGGGAUGAGUGGACCGAUGGAGGAGGACCUGGAGGAAGCUGAAGUGCAACAGCCGCUCGGUGGACUUAUGGACGACAGCAAGAUGGACAGAGAGUGUGCCUUUCUCUCUCACUUCAACAUCCCCAACUUUGUGAAUUUGGAUCACAGCUCCACACUUGGAGAGGAUGACUUGCUGUAUGAGCCGUCCGCCAUACUGGAGCGCCAGUCUCAGUCUCACAACGCCCACUGUGACAUCCGCUAGACGAAGGGCAUGAAUGGAGCGGGCUGUUGUACCAUCAUCACUCACGACUUUACAGAAAACUAUGCCCAACUGCUACAUGCCUUUGCCCCUAAAAAAAAAAAAAAAAAAAAAAAA